AUGGGAUGUAUGUCUGAUCAAAUCAAGGUUGCAAAGGAUAAUUUAUAUAAAAUUCAAAUGGAAAUGCUGCUUCAACCAGUUAACCAAGAGUCUAUAAAUUCAGAAAGGGAAGCUUCUAGUCAUCGACAACAUGUGCUUGACAUUGAAGAGAUUAUGUGGGCUCAAAAAUCAAGAGUUAAAUGGAUCAAGGAAAGGGACAGGUGGGGCAUAUUGCAAGAGGACAUGCCUGCUAGGAAAAGCUUAUCUCAAGAGGAAAGUUAUGUUUUGGAUAGUGGUAUUUCAGUUGAGGAAAUCAAGGGAGUGGUCAUGGGAUUCAGUUCAGACAAAGCUCCACGACUAGUUGGUUUUCUAGCUAGGUUCUUUCAAAAAUAUUGGAGUGUGGUUGGGGCUAAUGUGUUAAAAGUUGUGCUAUUCUUUUUCAACAAUAAAAAUUUCCUCAAGAUCAUUGCCAAAAUUCUGGCCAAUAGAUUAAGUGAAGUGUUACCCAAUUUAAUUGGUCAAGAACAGGUUGCUUUCAUUAAAAAUAGGAGAUUACAUGACAAUAUCUUAUUGGUCUCUGACUUAGUGAAGGAUUUUGGAAAGAAAUUUGGUGAAGCUAACAUGACUUUGAAAGUUGAUUUAAAGAAGGCUUAUGAUUCAGUUGAGUGGGUAUUCAUUUUAAGCAGAUUGAAGGCUCAUGGAUUUAGUAAUUAG